AUGGAGACAGAUGAUGAACAAUGGUCAUUUAACACCCGUCAAGCUUCCAGUGAUGAAGCCAUCAGCUCUCAUCUGCAGACGUGUGGCUGCUCCAUUGUGGUCGGGAGCAACCCAGAGAAAGUAAAUAAGAUCGUGCGGACUCUGUGUCUCUUCCUCACACCCGCUGAGAGGAAGUGCUCUCGCCUCUGCAGGGCCAACUCUUCCUUCAAAUAUGACACGGGCCUGUUCGUUCAGGGUCUGCUGAAGGACUCCACGGGCAGCUUCGUCCUGCCGUUCCGCCAGGUGCUCUACUCGCCCUACCCGACCACACACAUCGACGUCGACAUCAACACGGUGAAGCAGAUGCCACCGUGCCACGAGCACACGUAUAACCAGCGGCGCUACAUGCGCUCUGAGCUGAGCACCCUCUGGAAAACGGAUAGCGAGGAGGAUAUUCCUCCGGACACCAUCAUCCACACCGACGAAACCUUCACUCCUGACCUAAAUAUAUUCCAAGAUGUUGCCCAUAAAGACACUUUGGUCAAGUCUUUUAUAGAUGAGGAAACCAAUGCCAUCCAUGUGAAUGUAGGAGCAGGCUCUUACCUGGAAGUCAACAUCCCCAUGACUGUGGGAGAAGACGGUUACUCCACCACCAUUAAAGGUCAGCUGCUUCAUGUGGACACCACCAGCAGCAUGCAGUACAGGACUCUUCUGGAGGCUGAGAUGUUAGCUUUCCACGUGAUAGCGAGCUACCCCCAGGUGUGGAACAUGCCCCAGUCGUGGCAGUGUGAGAUCGAGGUGUACAAGGCCACGUACCAUUUCAUCUAUGCUCAGAAAAAUUUCUUCACUGAUUUAAUAAAGGACUGGGCAAGUGACAGUGCCCCUGAUAUCUACUCCUUUGUGCCCUAUUCCUGGAAGUUCAAGAUCUUAUUCCAUCAGUUUGAGAUGAUCUGGGCAGCAAACCAGCACAACUGGAUCGAUUGCUCCACCAAGCAGCAGGAGAAUGUGUACCUGGCAGCCUGUGGUGAGACACUCAAUAUAGACUUCACUCUGCCUUUCAAUGAGUUCGUUCCCACCACCUGCCAUACCCGCUUCAGCUUGAAGGCGGAAGAUACAGACAUGCGGUUGUCCCUGCCAGAGUGCCACCCGAGCCGCUACCCCCUCCUCACCCUGGCCAAAGACUACCAGAACAUCAAACUGCCCCCAGACAUGUUCAUGUCGGGGGAGAGUCAAGUGGCUCCCCCUCCAAAACCCACCAAGUCUCGCUGGAGGAACAUCACCCACACAGAAGCUGGCUGGGUGGAUUGCUGGAGCGUGCCAAACUUCUUGCUCAUCAUUGACUACACCUGGCAUCCCAUUUAUCCCCAGAAGGCAGAUGAGCAACUCAAACAGUCAUUGUCUGAGAUGGAGGAGUCCAUGCUGUCUGCUUUGAGGCCCCCAGAGCACCCCUCUGUACCCCACAGUGUCCCACAACCCUACACCUCCACUUCUGCUUCAGCUUCCCACAGUCAGGUUCCCACUGACCCAUCAGAGCUGCCCCCUGACAGACUUCAUGUGGAGAUGGAAAUGUCACCGGAUUCUCAAAUUCUUCUCUAUGGGCCCUUGCUGCGAGCCCUGAUCUCCAUCAAGGAAAACUAUUUUGGCGAGGAUGAUAUGUAUACAGACUUUGAGGAGGCCGUGUCCAGCCCUGUGCUGUCGGCGUCUACCUCCUCUGGCCUCGGUUGGUCUCCUCUGGGAAUGGAGGACAGUGAUCAGAAGGAAGCACCAAACAUCCAUCCGCUUGACCUUCGACCCUGGGACAUCACCGUGCUCAUCAACCUUUACAAAGUCCAUGGCCGACUGCCAGUGCACUGCAGCAGUGAAGGUCCUGAAGGCCCAUCAGGCUUCUUGGAGCGACUGUGCUUUGAGAUGAAGAAAGGUUACAAGGAGACAAUGCUGCAGAUGAUUUUGUCCCCCAUUCACAUCUUUGUCAGUGACAACUACCAGCGUCCUACAGCGGAUGGAGUGUUGAGAGAUGGGCACUUGAGUCUGUCUGGGCUUCAGAUGAGAGCCCAUGCUAUGUUCUCGGCUCAGGGCCUUCCUCUGGGAAGUGAUACACUGGAGUACGCAUGGCUCAUCGACAUGCAGGCUGGAGCGCUCACUGGCAGGGUCACUGUUCCUCAGGUGGCGAGCAUAAUCGAGUGGGGCGAGUCUUUCAUUUUCCACGUUUUGUCUCGAGAGUUCCAGCUGGAACAACCUAAGCCCUCUGUUAUCUGCCAACAUGGUGUUGAUCGUCGCAUCUGUGAUGCCAAGCUGAGCUUUAUGCCUGGGCAUUGUCGCACAUCAGAAGAGCUGAAGUACACCAUGACAAGGCUGGCCAUGGAUGGAGUCGACAUCUUUAUUGUGGAGCAUGGUUGUGCUGCCAGUGUCAAGACGGGUAUUAUCCGUGUGGCCAACUGCAACCUGCACAACCAGGCAGUGGGAGAGGGCAUCAGCGCCGUGGUGCAGGACAUGAACAUCCGACAGUACAUUGAACAGCAGCAAUACAAUGAGACGGCCAGAUUGCAGCUGGCUGGACAGGGUCAAGGUCCAGGUCAGCCAUUAGGUCUGGGUCAGCCCCCCUUGCUGCGACGUUCUGUCUGGCUGGAGGCGGGUUCAGUCAAGCUGAACCUCAUAACAGCAGAUAUCGCCCUGGCUGCUGACCACCCAGCUAAAUGUGAAGUCCAGAGGCAGUUUUUGGAACUACACGAUACUCAGACCAAGAGACUCUGGUUCCUGUGGCCAGAUGAGGCAAACGUUCGCAACAAGCGAAGCAGGAAUCGCUGUGGCUGCCUGGGAGGCUGCAGGUUCUUUGGUGGCACCAACAUGGGUCUGGACUACUUCAAGCUGGAGGAGCUGACGCCUUCGUCCUCAUCUGCGUUCUCUUCUUCCAACGCGGAGUUGGACAUGUGCUAUGGCCAGUCUCUGCUGCAGCCUGGGGAGUGGAUUAUUAUUAAAGAAACUCCUAAAGUGGAUGGGAGGGUUGUCGGGCUCAAAACGGACACACAUUCUCCUUGCUUGCCGCCUGAGCUGCCCGAGAGGCGUGGUCAGCAACACCUGAGUCUCCAGGUGCCCCAGCGCUCCCACAGCUCUGCCUCCUCCUCUGAAGAAAACAGCACAUCUAGUGCUGCCUUGCCUCUGCUGGCUGGAGAAAGAGACUCGCCCUCACCAAGCCAUGAUGAGCGUAUGGUCCUUCUGAACGGCAGAACCCACAUUGACACAUUGGGAGAAGUCCCAGAGGUCUCACCCAUCUCACCCAACAGUUCCCAGGAUCGCACCUCGGUACGGUCACCCCUCUGCUCUCCCCUCAAGCGUCAGUCAUCUGUGCACUCCAGUCGGCUGGGCAGCACCAAAAGCCUGUCAGCUGCCGUCUUCACUGACAAGCCACCUCCAGUGCUCGCAGGCAGCGUGCAGUUCAGCGGCGAGGUUUCCCGCAGUGACGAGAACGUCCUGGAUUCACCUCGUCAGCGUAGAAGCUACGGCUCGUUUCCCUUCACGCCGUCGGCAGACUCGAACACUUUCCAUCAGUACCGUUCUGCCGACUCCAGCAUGUCCAUGGCUGACAGCGAGGCCUACUUCUCUGCCACUGAGGAGUUUGAGCCAAUCAGCAGUGCCGAUGAGGGACCAGGGACGUACCCAGGCCGCAAGAAGAAAAGGAGGCAGCAACCGCAGCAGCCACCGUACCACAUGGAGAACUACAGCCGGAGUUCGAUCUAUCACAGCGUUGAGGGUCCCCUCACCUAUGUUCUCAACGGGGAGCUGAUCACCGAGCCCCGUCCUCUGCCACCUCCCCCAAUACUGCCCCCGCUGCCACCCCAGCCUCUGGCCAGCCACACCUCCCAAGCCUCCUUCGUUUCAGCCUUGGCCAUGGAGGAGGAGAGCUCUGUGGAGGCAGAGAAGACUGCUGAACCGGGCCCUGUAACUCGACAGCCCCACGUCAUGGCGUGCUACCAGAACUAUCUAGCCCACUACCAGGUUUCCAAUUGGUCUGUCAAGCAGCCAACAAAUAAGAGGACGUCCAAAUCUUCUCUGCAUCGCCCUCUUGAUCUGGACACGCCCACAAGUGAAGAGAGCUCCGCCUCUUUUGACCAGCUGUCUGUCCCCAGCUUUAAGGUGAUAAAGCAGGGACUCUCAGCCAGCUCUCUACUGGAUCGAGGAAUUCAACUCAUGGGGGAGAACAACAGUACACCAUACACCCCCUUGGAUAAAAGGGCUAUGGAAAACACAGACGAGGACACGACAACAGAUGACUGGAGUCUGGAGCAACCUCUGGCUCAGACCAGAACCACUGCCAUAGUGGAAGUGAAGGGGGCCAUCAAUGUAGUGCUCACACCUCUUGUAGCUGAAUCUCUGGACAGAUACAUUGAAUCCAUGGUCCACUUUGCCAGCAUUCGGCACCCAGCAGCCAUUCUGGAUGAUCUGCAUGGUAAAGUCCUUAAUGAAGCCUACCAAAUCAGCAAGUCCACAGUCACCGAGUCGAGCCAAACGGGCAAGCAGGAGCACAAGCUGUCCAAGACGGAGGGCACGACCCCUGGCCCGCUUAACGCCGCUCAUGGACAAACGGAGCUGUCCGUCAAACCUGAUAAUGUGAAAAUCAAGGGCCUUCAAGCCAACGUCUCUAUCCCUAAGGUGAAUCUUUGCCUCCUUCAGGCCUCUGUAGAGGAAGGGUCACCGUCUUGCUCCAGUAAGUGCAUCCCACAUGUGUCUCUGGUCGCGUUGUGCUUCGACAGGAUAGCGACCCAGUUCAGGAUGAAUAGGGGUAUUGUAGAGGAGACUCCAAACACCACCGAACAUGGCCGACCCUCCGUCAUGUUAGAGAAGUACGCAUCGGCUACCAAAAUGCAGCCUCAGUCUUCGGGUUCGUUGCGCUCCAAUGCAGGAAUCGAGAAAGGCAAAGAGAUUGCUGCAAGGCUCAACAUCCACCGGAUCCACAGCCAGCUUCGAGGCCUGGACUGGACAGACACUGGCACAUUCGCCAUCACAGCUAUUCCUUUUGAGAAAUCCAAAGUGCUGUUUGGUCUGGAGGAAAUGGAGGAGCUUUCACUGGUGGAUGAAACUGACACCCAGACAGGGGGAACCGAUUUGGGCCGCUCUGCCACUACUAUCGAGAAGUGGGGCUGGAUCAUGUUUGAAUGUGGUAUAGAGAACCUUACAGUUAAAGGUGGCCGUCAGUCUGGAGCCAUUCUUUACAAUGCGUUUGGUGUGAUGGGCUGCUCAGAUACCGGAGCAAAAACCGGAGUGUCAAAAAACAAUGGCUCGACAGGUUCUCAAACAGGAAGUGGUUACAGCACUGACAUGUCUGAUGACAACCUGCCACCCGAUGCCAUCAGUCCCAACUCUGACGCCAACGAGCACACCGACUCAGACGACCAGGAUGAAGGAGUUGAGUCAGAUGACCUAAAGAAAGACCUCCCCCUCAUGCCUCCUCCACCUGAUUCCAGCAGCAUGAAGCUGACCAUCAGAGAAAUCUGGUUCAGUUUUGCUGCUCCCACGAAUGCGCGCUCAGCUUCACAAACAAUAUCAAGCCAGUUGAAUCUGCUCAGUACAGCAACGCCUGCUAUUGGAGCCUGGCUGGUUCCCAUUGACCAGCUCAAGUCUUCACUCCGCAAACUGGACAUGGAGGGGACGCUGCGGGUGUGUGCUGUGAUGGGCUGCAUCAUGACCGAAGCUCUGGAGAAAAAGAGCAUCCACUUCCCGAUCCGCAGCAAGUACAACCGUGUGACUAAGCGAGCCCGCUACCUACACGAGAACCCCUCUUGUAUGCUUUGUAACAUCCUGCACCGCUAUCUGCAACAAGCCGACUAUUCAAUCAUAGAGGAGGCCACCAUGAACGAUGGAGUCCCAGCCCUGGUGACGUUGAAGAAGGGUCUGGUAGCUUUGGCCAGGCAGUGGAUGAAGUUCAUUGUUGUAACUCAGGGUUUCAAGGCUAUUGGUCUGAUGGGGCCCAAUCAGCUUAUCAAGGCCAAAGAACCUCAGCCGAACCUGGUAGAUGCGGUUGGACUGGACAACGGAGCUGCUCUGCAGAGUGACACCAGCGCUGACGGAGCAGAGUUUGAAUUUGACGCAGCCACAGUGAGUGAACACACCAUGCUGCUGGAGGGAACCUGCAGUCGCCCUCCUCCUAAAGAAGCAAACACUGGUCCUGUCAGCGGAGUGGAGAUCAUGAGGAAGCUGUCAAAGUCCCACACACACAACGAGUCCGCACUCAGAAUAAAGGGCUCGCAUCCCUACCAGUCGCUGAGCUAUACCAGCGGUGACACUGCAGCUGAUUCACCCGCCCACGUGAGCCGCGGAGGCGUGCCGGCCAAGGACAGCCCAAGGAAGGAGAGCCUCCUGAGCAAUCUGACGGGCAGCUUUCGGAGUUUGCACAACCUGCUGGAGGGCACGCCUCAGAGGAACGAGCCUUCUGCAACUGCUGCCGCCAAGAGCAGCUCCCUCACUCGCACAGGGACAGACGUGCUGACCGAGCACCCGCUGCUGUCUGAGCCGUCCUCCGUCAGUUUUUACAACUGGAUGUCCAACGCCGUGGGUAACCGAGCCGGAGCUGCAGCCCACGAGUCUCUGCUCAACCACUCGCAACACAACAGCCUACAGACAGGUGGGAUGUGUAACCUGCCCACCAUCCCCUCAGCAUCUGACUUCAACACAGUGCUGUCCAGUGACCAGAACACCCUGGAUGGGACCCACUCCCAGCACUCCCAACACAGCACCAGCCAGGAUGACAUUGUGGACAUCGAGGAAGGAAACCAGUGUCCGGCUGCUGUUCAACUGGCUGAUGCUCAGGUGGUUUUUAAACCCUUACUGAGCUACACUGGAAUCCAGGCCCAAGAUGCCACUCCUCUUAGCUACAAGAUGUAUUUCGGAGAGCAUUUGUCUUUUUCUGGCAAUCUGGAGUGUCUCAGAGCGGACAUCGUUGACUCUGAUACGUCCAAAGAGCGCAAAAACAAGCGGUCCAGAAGACAAGGCAUGGUGAACCUCCCUCCACUUGAGUUCAAGCCAGCUCUGCUGAUUGAGACGUUCAGUGUGAACGCGGUGGUGAUGGAGAAGUCGACCAGCGCUCCGCAGGGUUCCACCGCAGCUCCGCUCACCUUCCAUGACCUCAACCGCCGUCACUACAACACGUUCCACUGCGACUUCACCACUGCCUGCCAGUCCAUCAGCCAGCGCGUCGACAUGGCCCUGGUGCGCCUCAUCCACCAGUUCAGCACCAUGAUCGACGACAUCAAGGCCACGCAGACCGACAUCAAACUGAGCCGCUACACCGCCGGCUCCACCUCCCCGACGCCCACUUUCAAGGCCCGGCCGUACCGCCACAUCAGGUCCUCAGACUUCAGUCGCAGCUCCAGAGGAAGCUUGAACGGAGCAAAUCGCAGCGGAACUCAAACCCUGAAGAGCAAAAGAGGUGUGGGAGGAGGCGGAGUCACAGGAGGAGCAGCAGGAAGUGGAGGUUUACCUCCUAAUGGACCCCCAUCAAGCAUGGACACGCUGGGGAGACGGGAGCCAAGAGGUCGAAGUUCUCUUGGACGUUCAGAGAGACGCACCUCUAAGGUGUCAAGGAAAGGCUCUCGUGAUGUGGCCGACCACAUGGCCAUCCAGAUGGACGACUCUGACUCCAUCACAGUGUCGGAGCAGAGCGAACCAUCAGCAGAAUGUUGGCAGAACAUGUACAAGCUGCUCAACUUCUACUCCCUCAUCUCUGAUCCCACUGGCAUCCUGGAGAAAAGCUCCCCGGAGAACUGCCUCUCAGAAGGUGGGCAUCGUCCCGCCGAGCCGCUCUGUAAAGUGAUUUUUGAGAACGAGCAGGAGGAACCCACCACACCCAACAAGCCACUGGGAGUGGGCGGGAGGCGCCGCAGCCUGGUGAGCUCUGAACCUCAACACGUCACGCUCAUAGUGUUUGGCAUCGGCAUGGUGAACCGCACACACCUGGAGGCAGACAUCGGCGGGCUGACCAUGGAAGCAGAGCUGAAGAAGAUCCAUGGUAGCUUCACUCUGAAAGAGAAGAUGAAAGAUAUCCUUCACCAGAAAAUGACAGAGACGUGCGCCUCUGCCCACAUAGGAGGGGUAAACAUUGUUCUGCUGGAGGGCAUAACGCCUGAUAUUCAACUGGAGGAUUUUCCAACAUCUCCAACCAGCACUGCUAAACAAGAGUUUCUAACGGUUGUCAAAUGUACCAUCGCCAAGUCCCAGGCUCUGUACAGCGCCCAGAGGGGACUGAAGACCAACAACGCCGCCGUCUUCAAAGUGGGUUCCAUCAUGAUCAACAUCCCUCAGCAUCCGGCAACUCUGCACAGCAUGAUGGUGCGCAGCUCCCAUCAGCUCUCCAAACAAAUCUCCGACCUCAUUCGCCAGCCCUCAAAUGUUCAACCUCCUAAUAGAGAAGACACCCCUACUCCACAACCGUCUGACAAGGCUUCCAGCAUCAAUCAGACCCCCGUUGAGGCCAAUGAAUUCCCCCAGCUUCCUGAGGGUCUGGAGAAAAAGCCCAUCGUCCUGAAGUUCAGUGCCAUGAUGGAUGGCAUCAGUAUCGGUGCUGCCUUGCUGCCGUCACUGAAAGCAGAGUAUAAAAUGGGCCCCAUGAAGAGCCACGGCAUGACGGGAGCACAAACCAGUUUCACCUUUGAGCUGCCAAACCACAAACUGUGCUUUCAGUCCAAAGUGUCCCAGGUGGACAUGUCCACCAUGUCUCCAUCAGCCAGCCUCACCCUGCCACCUGUCACCAUGUCCGGAGAGUACAUCAUGGAGGAUCACGAGAGCCACUCAGACCAGGGCUGGGCACCAGACGACUUCCCAGCAAAGCAGGGAAACUACCUGCAAGGAAACUACCUGCGAUGUUUGGCUGAGAUUGGAUCAUUUGAGCACAACUUGACCACCGACCUCCUCAACCAUCUGGUGUUUCUGCAGAAAGUAUUCAUGAAAGAAGUCAAUGAAGUCAUUCAGAAAGUUUCAGGAGGUGAACAACCCAUCCCUCUGUGGAAUGAGCAUGACACCUCAACUGAUGCAGAAAAGCCAAAAAUUCUGCUUUAUUCUCUCAGUCUCAUGUUCAAGGGGAUCCAGAUGACGGCCACUACUCCGUCUAUGCGGGCCGUGCGCUUUGAGACGGGCCUGAUUGAGCUGGAGCUGUCCAACAGGAUCCAGUGCAAGGCUCAGCCCGGAGGCAGCAGCAGUUACCUCAAACUCUUUGGCAAAUGUCAGGUCGACCUGAACCUGGCGCUCGGACAGAUUGUCAAGCAUCAGGUGUACGAAGAAGCUGGCUCUGACUUCCACCAGGUGGCGUACUUCCGAACUCGGAUUGGCCUGCGGAAUGCGCUGCAGGAGGAAAUCAGCGGCUCUUCUGACAAGGAGGCAGUGCUCAUUACACUGAACAGGCCGAUUGUGUUUGCGCAGCCUGUUGCUUUCGACAGAGCUGUGCUCUUCUGGCUGAAUUAUAAGGCAGCAUAUGACAACUGGAACGAGCAGCGCUUGGCCCUCAACAAAGACAUCCACAUGGCAACAAAGGAGGUGGUGGACAAGCUGCCAGGCAUUCAGCAAACCUCUGCCCAGGCGUUCAGCACCCUCUUCCUGCAACUGACUGUCAAUGACUUGGGUAUAUGCCUCCCAAUUACCAACACAUCCCAGAAAGGACAAGUACCAGCUGCACAGGAGGGCAGCUCUGAAGCUGAGGCCAGCUCAUCAGUGGGCCAGCAAAAAAAAACAUUGAAAGCCAAUCACAGCAUAGAUUUUGACACCGGCUCAGCUCUGGUUCUGACCAUUGAGAGCACACUGAUCACCGCCUGCUCCUCCGAGUCCCUCGUGAGUAAAGGACACUUCAAGAACUUCUGCAUCCGCUUCGCAGAGGGCUUCGAGACCACCUGGGAUGACUGGAAACCUGAAAUCCGGGGGGAUCUCGUCAUGAAUGCUUGCAUAGUCCCUGAUGGUACGUAUGAAGUGUGUUCCAGGACCACAGGGCAACUGUCUGCAGAGAGCAGCAGCGCUGGCACCUGGACUCUCAACGUGCUUUGGAAAAUGUGUGGGAUUGACGUCCACAUGGAUCCAAACAUCGGAAAACGUCUCAAUGCCCUGGGAAACACGCUGACGUCGCUCACUGGGGAGGAGGACGUAGACGACAUCACUGACCUGAAUUCUGGGAACAUGGGAGACCUGUCAGACGAGGACGAAACGGAUAGGAUGUCACCAACCAUCCACAUGGUCAGGAAUUACCAGGAGGCCAUUGACCCAAGGAGACAGAUGGUGAUGGGGAGCCAGGUGAUUGACGCUCGUGGGAGGAAGUUCACAAAGAGGGUGGUGGACAUUCGAGAGCUGAAUGAACAGGCCAAAGUUAUCGACGACCUCAAAAAAUUGGGAGCCAGUGAAGGUACCAUCAACCAGGAGAUCCAGCGGUACCAGCAUCUGGAGUCGGUGGCUGUCAAUGACAUCAGGAGGGACGUCAGGAAGAAGCUGCGUCGCUCCAGCAUGAGGGCGGCCUCUUUAAAGGAUAAAUGGGGUCUUGGCUACAAGCCAAGCUACAACCGCUCUAAAAGCAUCUCAGCAGCAGCAGGCCGACCGACUCUGAAAAGGAUAGAGCGACAAAGUUCCAGGAUUGGAGAUGUGGAUGAUUUCCCAGAAGUCCGUGUGGAUGGCUCCUCUCCUGGACCUCGAGUCACCUUCAACAUUCAGGACACGGCUUUGGACACCUCACCUGCCAGUCCAGGAUGUGUAUUUAAGUUUCCUGAGGAGCCAGAAGUGGACCUGUUGUCAGUCACCAGUGAUGAACCAUCCCAUUCUCAUCAUCACCUUCACCUUCAUUCCCCAUCCGCUGCCGAGAGCCAGCAGUCAGUGUUCAGUACCCCCACCACUCCUGCUGUCUUCUCACCCGCACUUCCCUUGCAGCGCGAUGACCUGUCCUCAUCCUCCUCCGAAGACUCGGACAAAGAGGACGACUUUGUGAAGCCAUCUAGCUAUCCCAGGCCUCUCCAAGCGCCUCACAGGAAGACCUUGGGUUUCGCCACCGUGAGUCAGCUGUUCUCUGAGCGCUGGCCGAGCUCACCAGCCAACCGCAGCUUCAGUGGCCCAACGUCUGAAAAAAACAUAGACUUUGAGCUCGAUGUUCGCGUGGAGAUUGAUAGUGGGAAGUGCGUCCUUCAUCCGACUACUCAGCAGCCUGAGCAGGAGGACAUUUCCUGCAAGAGGAGCUAUGAUCGCAGCCUCAGGAGUCUGGACCAGGAUUCUCCCCCCAAAAAGAAGAAGCUCCAGCCCACCUACACCUCCACCACUCAUCUUCUUGCUGGAAAGAAGUGUCCCUCCACUUUGCAAACCAAAUCCAAUGACCUGGAGACCACAGUCUUCUACAUUCCAGGAGUUGACGUGAAGUUGCACUACAACUCUAAAACCUUGAAGACGGACUCGCCCAAUGCCUCUCGUGGAUCUUCCCUCCCCCGCACCCUCUCCAAAGAGUCCAAGUUGUAUGGUAUGAAAGAUAGCAGCCCUACAAAUCCUCCCAAUGCUGUCCAAAGCAAGACUAACUCUCUUCUACCUCCCCCACUCCCACCUAUUCCAUCAGCCAAAGGUAAAGGUAGUGGAGGGGUAAAGACGGCCAAACUGUACGCCUGGGUGGCCCUCCAGACUCUGCCAGAGGAAAUGGUCAUCAGUCCCUGUUUGUUGGACUUCCUGGAAAAAGCUCUGGAGACUAUUCCUAUCACCCCUGUGGAGAGGAACUACAUGGCUGUAGCCACGCAGGAGGAGGAUAUGGGACAGUUCGAUCCAGUAGAACCACUGGAGGAAUCAGCCACCUCCUUUGUUUCCUCCUCCACAUCGGCUUACUCAUCGUUCCCUGUGGACGUGGUCGUCUACGUCAGAGUUCAGCCCUCUCAGAUCCGCUUCAGCUGCCUGCCCAUGUCCAGGGUGGAGUGUAUGCUCAAGCUUCCCUCUUUAGACCUGGUGUUCUCUUCCAAUCGGGGAGAACUGGAAACCCCAACUGGAUCCAACCCUCCUGAUGGAUCACACCCACCCUCCUCCACCCCACCGGGGCAACAUGUCCCCAAACUACCUCCCAGCAAAGCGUCUCCAUUGCUAGGAAGCCCUUUGGGUAGGACCCGCCACAGCAGCAGCCAGUCAGACCUCACCACCCCCCCCAGUACUUCCUCAGGCCUGAGCUUCACCGCCUGCAUGUCAGACUUCUCCCUCUACGUCUUCCAUCCCUACGGCGCUGGGAAGCAGAAAUCAGCUGUUACAGGCUUGCCUCCAGGUCCGGGACCAUUAGGUGCAGUCGAUGAGGAGCCGUCUUCUGUGACGGGAAGAAAAGACUCUUUGAGCAUCAACCUGGAGUUUGUGAAGGUCAGCUUAUCCAGGAUGAGGCGCACCGGAGGUCCAACCUUCAUCGACAGCUUUUCUGCUAAAGGAGGCAAAAUGGACACAACCCUCAUCAACAUCUCAGCUGUGUGCGACAUCGGCUCGGCUUCCUUCAAAUACGACAUGAGGCGACUGAGCGAGAUCUUGGCUUUCCCGAGAGCCUGGUACCGCCGCAGCAUCGCCAGGCGCCUCUUCCUGGGAGACCAGACCAUCAACCUUCCAGCAGCCUCCGGCCCUGCCACCCCUGACUCUGCAGAAAACAUCACCCAGCACCUCUCCCCCGAGUCCAGCAGAAAGGCCUACUGGAGGACCUGGGACGGCAGCAUGGGCUCUCACAUUCCUCAGUCCCCCAAUGUGUUUUCAGACCAUUCCACUGGGAGCAACAUGUCCCCGAGCAGCCUGGGCCACCUCAAGUCUCCUGCUCCGGGUCGCACCCGGAGCGUGUCCGAUUCCUCUGCUCCCAGGAGAGAUUCAGUGACAAAGACAUCCACUCCUUCCUUCACUAAGAAUGGGAAGUCAGCUGGGCAGCAGGGGUCUCCGUGGGAGACGCUGGUGGUGUUUGCCAUCAACCUAAAACAACUCACGGUCCAGAUGAACAUGAGCAACGUCAUGGGAAACAACACCUGGACAACCAGCGGCCUGAAGAGUCAGGGCCGGCUGUCUGUCGGCAGCAACCGAGACCGUGAGAUCAGCAUGUCUGUGGGCCUCGGACGCUCCAAGCUGGACUCCAAAGGUGGAGUGGUGGGUGGCAACAUAGAUGUGAACACCCUGGAGAUGGUCUCCCACAUCUCUGAGCACCCGAAUCAGCAGCCCAGCCACAAGAUCCAGAUCACCAUGGGUUCUACGGAAGCCCGGGUGGACUACAUGGGCUCCAGCAUACUGAUGGGAGUUUUCAGCAACGCUGACCUGCAGCUGCAGGAUGAGUGGAAGGUCAACCUGUGCACCACAGACACCAGCCUGUCAGAAAAAAGUGAGAUCUUUGUCCACGGGGACCUGCACUGGGACAUUUUCCAGGUGAUCAUUUCACGCUCCACCACACCAGACCUCAUCAAGAUCGGCAUGAAGCUGCAGGAGUUUUUCACUCAGCAGUUCGACACCAGCAAGCGGGCCCUCUCCACGUGGGGCCCUGGCCCCUACCUGCCCCCCAAAACUCCUGUCAUCAGUGCUGAGAAAGGAGCUGCAGAGCUUUAUAUGGAUGCCGCCCAUCACCGGCACUGGCCCGGAGUGCUAAAGGUAAUCGCCGGCUGCCACAUCUCCCUCUUCCAGAUGCCUCUGCCUGAGGAUGCCGUGCAGCUGGGUGGGUCCAUGAGCCUCCAUGGCAACCACAUGACGCUGGCCUGCUUCCACGGGCCCAACUUCCGCUCCAAGUCAUGGGCGCUCUUCCACCUGGAGGAGCCCAACAUUGCCUUCUGGACGGAGGCACAGAAGAUCUGGGAGGACGGCUCUAAAGAUGACUCUACCUACAUUGUACAGACGCUGGACUUCCAUCUCGGUCACAACACGAUGGUGACUAAACCGUGCGGUGCCCUCGAAAGUCCAAUGGCCACCAUAACCAAAAUCACUCGCCGGCGGCACGAAAACCCACCGCAUGGAGUUGCUACUGUAAAAGAAUGGUUCAGCUACGUCACUGCCAUGAGAAACGAAGAGCUUAACCUGCUCAGGAAUGUGGAAGCCAACAACCAGGAGAACGGAGCGGCUGCCAAAAGCUCCAGUCUGCUGAGCAGCUUCCGCAGCUCCCACACCUACAACCACGAAACAGAAACCAUCUUCGCUCUUCCCAGAAUGCAGCUGGACUUCAAGUCCAUUCAUGUACAAGAACCAGAUGAGCCAUCACUAACAGACUCCAGCAGCAAACCCAAAGUGGAGUGCAGCAUGGUGACAGAGUUCACCGACCACAUCUGCGUCACCAUGGACGCCGAGCUGAUAAUGUUCCUUCAUGAUCUGGUGUCGGCCUACCUGAAGGAGAAGGAGAAAGCCCUUUUUGCUCCGCGGAUGUUUGCGGCUCGCCCGGGUCAGAAAAGCCCGACGGCUCUGCACAACGACGACGACGACGACGCCACAGACAAGGACAAGGAUGACGGCAUCAACUACACCACCGUGGACUGGAGGGAGUUCAUGUGCAACACCUGGCACCUGGAGCCCACACUCAGGCUCAUCUCCUGGACGGGGCGGAAAAUAGAUCCCGUCGGUGUGGAUUACAUCCUGCAGAAACUGGGCUUCCACCACGCCAGGACUACGAUUCCCAAGUGGCUGCAGCGGGGAGUGAUGGACCCGCUGGACAAGGUGCUGUCAGUCCUCAUCAAGAAGCUGGGGACCGCCCUGCAGGACGAGAAGGACAAAAAGAGCCGGGACAAAGACGAACACUAAGGAAACUCAUCCCUGGAAUCAAAGCUGAGUGUAAGAACACUGGA